AUGACGAGAUGGGCUGACAACGCCAGAGUAGUCAAUUUGCCGCCCAGGAGGCCGCAUUUCCUUCCAACACGGCUCGACUCGAACCAAAGUAUAAAGAUUACGAAUACUAGGGCCACUUUACAGUUAAAUCAGUUAAUUUCUGCGUCCGACCAUCGAUUAACUUCCCAAGUAGUACUGAAGAAUGGAAAAAAGUAGCAUGAGUUCUACAUCAUGUGGCAUUUCCCUUUGUGCUUGAUGCCUCCCCACUGACUAAUAGAACUAACUAUAAAGCCUUAUGCUCAAUGUGGAUUAUUCAAUAAAAAAUAAAUUUUUAUCUAUCGUCUAUCAAGAGCAAGAAGAACUAUUGAGAAUGCUUUUGGAAUGUUAGUACAGAUUUAGAAUUCUCAGAGGAACAAUAAAUUUAGAUUGAUAAAAAGUUGUGACAAUAACACUAGCAUGUUGUGUUCUACAAAAUUUUCUCUCAACACAUAGUAAGCAUUAUAUAGAAAUGGAUAAUGAGAGAUGUAACUUAGAUUGUCUUUCUCAACAAGGAGGAACAAGAUAUGCUUCUGAAGCUGUUGACAGAAACCUAUUAUGCAGGUAUUUCAGUACUACUGGACAAGUAUUUUUUUGAAAUUCAGUUAUAUAAAUAUACAUAUAUAUAUAUAUAUAUAUAUAA